AGUCACUGUGCCCGGCCCGUUGCCUUCCUAGGCAUCACUUUCUCAGCAGGAGCCACCCACAAAACUGCGUCUCAAAGAAAUCAAAGGCAGAGCAGGGAAUGGAGGAAAACAAUCUCUCCUCCUUUCCCAGAAACCCCGGCGCAACUUUGGAGCAGUGCCAAAGCAUGAUUCAUAAGAGUCUCCUUUCUCCGCAGGUGAGGUUCUUGAGGGAGCAGUUGGAGAAAGCCGGGUGUCUCGUAGGGGAUAAUUUCAUCAAAGCUGUUAAAUGCAACGAGACCGGAAUAGCCGGUGGUUACACUAAGGGUAAAGGGAUAGUUGUGUGCUGCAACGAGAUGGAAUCUCAAGAUGAUGUUGACCAGGUGUUAAAGCAUGAACUUAUUCAUGUAUUUGAUGACUGUCGUGCAGCAAACUUGGAUUGGACAAAAUGUGCUCACCAUGCUUGUAGCGAGAUCAGAGCUGGUCAUCUAAGUGGUGAUUGCCAUUUCAAACGGGAACUUCUUAGAUUAACUUCCUUGAAAAUUCGAGGGCAUGAACAAGAAUGCAUCAGAAGAAGAGUUAUGAAAUCAUUGUCUGCAAAUCCUUAUUGCUCUGGUGUGGCAAAGGCUGCUGUGGAAUCUGUAUGGGAUGUUUGCUAUAAUGAUACAGAGCCUUAUGACCGAACUCUGUAAAAACUGCAUGAUUAUAACUGGUAUUUACUAUACCUGCGUUGGGUACCAUUUUGGGCUUGGAACUUUUAAGGUGAUGAUGGCAAAUUCAAAUAUAAGAAUGAAGUUUAGCCAGCCAAUUCAAUGAGAGUUGCACUGGUUCAUAUUUAAAAACUUAAUUGUAGUCUAUAUGCACUGUCAUUUAUAGAUAAAUGAUUUCUGUAA